AUGGCGACGGCAAGAAAAGGGAGAGAGCUUUUUACUAUUUUGGAAACUAGCGCGGACACAGAAAGUACCACGGUGUGCGACAGUCAAGAGUCUCCGCUUAAUCUUUCGGCCGAUGUAAAGUGGUUUGAAAUUCCUUACAGAAAGCCAGACUCGGACGAGGAAGAAGAAGUGCGCGAGGAAGAGGACGGCGAGGGGGAGAAUGGAUUCACGAGCACAGCAGCCGCGGCGGAGACUGCAGACGCGGCCAGCUUCAUCGCAGGAGGAGGCUGCAACAUAAUUUUGGUCACUGGUAGUAGUAAUGGUAUCACGCACGACGAGGAGGAGUACGCAGAGGACUGUUAUUAUUCUACCUCCACUAACUGCUCUGAUACCACCUCAAACGAUUCGGAUAUUGAUUUCUCCGAUUUGGAGGAGGAGGAGCGCAGGAGUUUUUUCAGCUUUGAAGAUGACUCGGACGACGACUGCACUUCUCCCGACUUCUGGGGCGAACCUGAUCAGGUAAUUUCAAUCGAACAAUUCUCUGCUGUCAGCGGCCCUCAGCACUCGCUGGGGGACGAUGCUGACACCCGUGACUAUUUCCGGAUACUCUUCCCAGAUUCUCUUUUUGAACACAUGGUAGAACAAACAAACAAAUACGCCCUCUAUCGGCAAAGGAGGAGUGGAAAAUCAGACCCCCACUGGCACCCCACUGAUGCCAGGGAGAUACAAGCUUUUGUGGGUCUGAACAUUCUUAUGGGUAUCAAUCAGCUUCCAGAUACUGGCAUGUACUGGGCCAGUGACAUUUUCAUUGGAAAUGCAGGUUUUAAAAAAACAAUGACAGCCAGGCGCUUUGAAAAGCUCACACAGUAUCUCCAGCUGUGUGACCGUGAGUCUGAGCCUGUGCGUGGAGAGCGAGGGUACGAUGCCCUCUUCAAAAUCAGGCCUCUCCUUGAUGUGGUGGAGAACACCAUGUGGGACGCAUACACGCCAAACCGCUGUUUGACUAUAGACAAGUGUGCCAUUGUCAUGAAGGGACGUUUCUCCCCCACCCAGUACAUGCCCCCCAAGCCCCUAAGGAAAGGGCUGACAGUGUGGAUGCUGUGUGACUCGCGUACUGGCUACUGCCACCGGGCCAAGAUAUACGUAGGCAAGCCCAGUGAAGAUGAGGAAGCGGCCUCCCUGGGCUCCAGGGUGGUGACCUCCCUGGUGCGCGGCCUGGAGGGUCAGUACCACCAUCUCUUCAUGGACAGCUUCUUCACCACAGUGCCCCUCCUCCAGCGGCUGCUGAGGGACGGACUGUACGCCUGCGGGCCCACCCAGCCGGAACGCAAAGGUUACCCAGAGGUCCUGCGCGCCGGUAAUGUCGGAAAGCUGACUCAGGGUGAGUUCUACCAGUGCCAGCGUGGCAACCUGGUGGCUACAGUGACACGAGAUGUCAAGGUGGUUAGCUGCCUUUCUACCAACUCUGCCCCGGGGAUUGUUGGUAUCAGUCCAGGCUGGCAGCAGGGUGAGACAGACGGGGAGAGUGAGGGGGACAGCAUGAACUGCUCAGGUUUGUCCUUUGGUGUGCCUCGGCCUCUGCCCUUGCUGUUGUACCAGGAGAACAUGAAGGGUGUGGAGCUGUGUGACCAGCUGAGGGAAUGCUACCAGGUUGGCAGGCCAUGUAAGAAGUGGUGGCGCUACUUCCUGUGGUUCUACGUCAAUCUGUGCAUCGUCAACGCCUACAUCAUCCUGAGGGAGAGCAGAGGGGGCGCUCCACCGGCGGGCUUCAGCGGCAAACAGUUCACCCAGCGCCACUUCCGGGUGCGUUUGGCGCAGCAGCUGAUUGGGGACUACCAAGGGGCAAGGGGCAUGGAGAGGGCAGCACGCAAGAGACAUGCAGACUCACCAAUAGAGUACGGACACCGCCUGGAGCGCAUGUCAGAGCGCUCUCGUCGCUGCAGGAACUGCACCAACAAAGGACUGCGCCGUUCCCCAGCUGGGAGAGGGUUAGUCAACUGGACGGCCGUCCCGCUGAUCUGCGGGAGCCCCUUUGGGGAGUUACCAUGGCAACCGUGGCAGAUGAAGACAGGGAGUCGCCAGCAGGCCCGCACGGUUGUCAUGGUACUCGCUCUGGCUAUGGAGGUGGGAGGUGCCAGAGGCCACACCUCCAUACCCCUUCUCCAAAACCAGGUUCAUUUGGGUUCAGUACAGCUCCAGCCAGCUCCAGACCCUCUGGAGCUGAAGCGGGAGAUGAUUGGUCAGUCUCUAAAGUACAGUACAGAUCUGGAGUCCAAGAACUGCCAGCUGUUGGAGGAGAACCGUAGACUGAAACAGGAGCACCAGAGAAUACUCGGAGAGCUGGGGCAGCAAGUGGAGGAUAAGGAGAUGUUGGAGGGGAAGAUGUACUCACGUUUUGUCAUGGUGCUGAAUGAGAAGAAGGCCAAGAUCAGAGGCCUGCAGGAAGCUGUCCGCCAUCUCCAGCCCACUGAAGACCAGCAGGCAGAUGGAGAGGGUACACAUAGUGACAAUGACACAACUUAUGGCGAAGACGACAGUCAGGACAGAAAGGAGGAGACGGUUCAGAGGAUCCAUCCAUCUCAGGAGCAAACUCUUCUCAUCACAGGUUGUAAUCUGGUGAGCCAGGGCAUCUCUAUGGACCAGACUUUUUCUGAUGAAGAGGAUGAACAACCGCGGCGAAAGCGAAGAUUACUUCACACCCUGAGCCCUGAACCUUCUGAGCAGGAAUAAAGCUUUAGGUCCUAAGGUUAUCACAGUGUGUCUUCACACUGACAGUAAUGAAUCUCUGGAGAUUUACUCGGGUCUUCAUCUGACCAUUCUACCUUUGACUCCCCGACCUUCCAGCUGUCUUUAUGAUUUUGAUGAUACCUAAACGUCAGCUGAAGACCACGGGUGGCCGCCUGGAUAAUCCCACAACACGCGCUUGAAGGUUUAGUAAUCCCCACUGGAAUGUCACACUGUCUCCUCUAUUCAUCCCAAAGGCAUUUUGUGAGCAGAGGCCCAGAUCAGUUUCUGAGGAUGAUUUACAGAUGAAUGCAUGAAGGUUUGAUCAAGGAUAAGAAAAAGAUUAUGAAACUCUGUUAAUAUUUCACUCAUUGGUUUUAUUUAAAAUAUUAGAGCAUGCUUACAUGACUACUUUUUUAAAUAACCUAAUGAUAUGUUUAAAAUACAUUUAAAUGUUUCUCAGCUGAUUCAAUAAUUUGUAUUUAUUUCAUGUUCUAGAAAUAUAUCUAUUAUUUUUACAUAAUGUAUGUAAGAAAUAUUUUAAUUGGGAAAAAAAUGAAAAGUUGUAAAUGUUUUGCGAUAUGUUUUAAUGUUUUACGUGGCAAGGCAUGUUCAUUUGUACUUGACUUCAAUACACAUUCAAACAUAUUUUUGUCUUUUCUGUAUUUUUGAAAUAUUAGGUCACCGCCUAACAGACAAAAAACAUGAAUAAUUGUUUGUAAUAAAGCCGUAAAUGUACAACAGCAUGGCUUUUACAUUAGGUCAGUAUAGAUCAACGGGGCUAUACAGCACGCAGCUGAAAGGGUCAACGCUGUUUGUGAGAGAGCGAUGAAGGCUGUGCCAGUCUGAAAUUAAACGUUCAGUCACAUGCUUAUCAUCAUCAUUCACUUACUGCGUGCACCUGUAGGAUUCCCAUCAUCCAGGGAAACGACAGGAAUCGUCCUGCUGUCCCGCCGCAGAGCUGCAGUGAGACAGAGCGCUCUUUGUCUCAUGCUGCGCUCAUCGCUCACUGCCCUACACCGUAAUGUCUGAAGGAACUUCACAUUACACCAGUAAAGUUUGAAUACUGAAAACGACGACUCAUUUGAAAAUAUAUUCAAGGUGACCUAUCAUGCAAAAUGCACUUUCGUAC